AUGCCUAACCCCAACUUUACUCUACCCAACCCCGACUUUCCUCUACCCAACCCAAACUAUGCUCUACCCAACCCUGACUCUCUACCCAACCUCAAUUUCACUGGCCCCAACAUUGCUGCCCCUCGUCCUCAUCUUCCUCCCAACACCACAGACCUUGAACACAUGCACACGCAUCAACCCACAGCCAGCCAUACAGUCGGAUGGUGCAUCCAAAGGCCAUCACCCAUUCCACAAGCUUGGCAAGUCGGGUUUGAGAGCGAAGCUGUGAGAGGUACAUCGCAUACGUCAAGGGUCCAGAGACCCCGAGUCAAUGCAAACGUAUGGAACUCUUUUUGCUCAACUGCUGGGCCUUCGAUCACCAUGCCUUCGACUGCUGCAGGGCCUUCAACGCUUCCUGAUGACGACUCCAAGUCCGAGUCCGAGUCCGAGAUACCUCUCAACACUACCACCUCCAAGAAGAUACAACUCUUGAAGAAGGUGAUUUCCAAUCAAGCAUGCAAAACCCUAAAGUUAGCACUAUUCAACAAAAACAUGAUGUUGUGCAGGGCGCCACUAGCGUCUGAGGUACAUGACGCCCUCGUCAGCUCCAUGAUAGAGCAGAUCAGCCACAAAGCCCUCGCAACAGAUUGGAUAUUGAAGAACAGCCACGGCAUAUUAAAAAGUCUCAAGACAGUUCCCAUGAACCUCUGCAAUGAGAUAAAAUGCUUAGUGCGGGCAAUUGUCCUAGGCUCGUGGGGUCUUUUGCCUGCAAUCAAGGAACAGGUCAAAGACGUUGCAGCCUACCAAUACUCUCUCAUCAAGGUCCUCAUUCAAACCUAUCAUCACAUAGACUCCAACAUGACGACAUCCGGCCAUUAUACAAAUGACUCAAGCAAUCAUCAGACACUUUCACAAUUACAUUCUGUUAAGACUGUGCUCAGGGGUAGGACAGAGUCUGAGGGGCUUAGCUUCAGCUCAUGCGCUGCACCCCUUACCUGA